UCUUUCUAAGCACGAUCAAGAAGUAGCCAUCUUGGAGAUACCUUUGCAGAAGGAUGAAAUAAGUUUUGUUUUCAUUCGAGUUGUAUUUUGUUGUUGUUUCUUGACUAACCUCACAUUUAAUGUGUGUUUAAAACAUUAAAGAAUACUUUUAGUUUUUAUUAUCCAGUUUACUUCACAUAGAUUACUUCAAUAGAGACUAACGGGAACAGUGAACGUCGAUGUGUCAUUUGGUGACAGUGGAACUCAAAUAGCUGCAAACAAUUUACUAUCAAUAGGUUAAGUUCUUAAAUCUUAAUAUAAUGGAAGAUUCUAAUAAAAUUAUUACUUGUGCUGCUUGUACUAGAACUUUUACAAGAACGUAUAAUGUCAAGAGACAUUUCCAAAAGGUUCAUCCAAAUUUGGAAAACCCUUAUCACAGUGAAGUGAAAAGACGAUGUUUAGUAAUGUGUGUUAUGUGUGAUUCUAUUUUUCAUAAUUUCCGUGAUCUGGAUACUCAUUUUCUAAGAGAACAUGACAUUGCUCUAAAAACAGAAGUCUUCAACUUCAGCAGUUCAGAGGAAUUUUAUGAAUGGAAGAAAGAACUCGAAGACAAACAUAAUGCUCUGUUUACAAAGCGUAGUGGUAAGAAAGUACUUGCUGAGAGUAAUAACUAUUCUCUAUACUUCAACUGUCAUAGAUCAGGGAUUUAUAUUGAAAAAGAACAACGCCAAAGAAAAUUAAAAGCCCAAGGCUCAGCUAAAAUUAACGCUUCAUGCCCUUCAAGAAUGAAAGCUGUGUUUGAAGGCGAUGGAACUGUCAAUGUUGAAUAUUGUAUGACUCAUGUUGGCCAUGGUAAUGAAUUUCGACGAACAAAUUUCACUCAGUAUGAUCGUCCAUCUACCAAUCCUGAAUCUGGGUCCAAGGAUAAAGUAUCAUCUAAAUUGAGGAGUGUUAGGGAGCGUCAUAGAAAAUCAUUAUCAUUGGGUGUAGACCUAGUUGUAGAAACUAAUCUUGGUUCUGAAAAAGCCUGGAAUGUUGUUUCUCCUUCUAAAAGACCCCAAAUAUUCACAGUUAAACAGGCUUCAGAUUGCGAAUGCUCACUGAGUUGUGUUACUUGCCAAGUAUGUGUACAUAGGUACAGUUGCACUUGCAGUGAUGCAACGGUCAGAUUAAACAUGUGUAAGCAUAUUCAUUUAGUAUGUCGCUACUUGAAGAAUUUCUCAGAUCCCGGCGGCUUACCUGAAGAAGACGCCUUCAACAAUUGUGACUCGAUAGAAAGUAAUCUACAAAUCGAAGAUGAUUCUAAAAUAGGAUUAACAGAGCAUGUCGUUUUAAAACCAAUGGAAGAAGCUAACGAAGAAAUUAUUACUGACCAAGUUAUGGCCAACAAUCAGGUGGAGCGGUGGUAUCAGGGCAUUUUCAUUGCAAGCUCGUCGUUAUAUAAUAUAUAUUAA